GUCCUAAGUCGCGCAGUGGGAUCCAGGAAAAGCAAGCAAAAUGAAAGGAGCGCUCAAAGAGGACCUGAGUUUUCUCAAAAAGGUACCGCUGUUGGCUGAAGCAAUGUCCAACCUUGAUGGCCCUAUUCCUGGCUACUUGUACAAGGAAAUCAGCUCCAUGACAGUGGAGAACGAUGGUCACUAUGCCGAGCAAGUCGUGGAUUACCUUCUGGGUGCCUUGAUGGAAGGAUCAUCGCCAACAAAAGUGAAGUGCCUGAGAGUCCUGCAUUAUGUCCUGGCUAAUGGUCACCCCACUGUACGUUCCAUCCUAGCCAGAAAAGAUGCCACCAUUCGAUCGGUUGCAAAUGUGUCCGGUGGCGGUUCGGAGAACCAGUGCCUCCGCUUGCUUGCGAAGAUCACUGCAGCUCAGCCAAACCCAUUUUCAACUGCUCAUUCACAGUACGACAUAUACUGGAAGCAUGAUGUCGCUAAGACUGCUGAUCUGAUUGGGACUUGCUGCAUGCAGGUUCAUGAUGACAGUGCCGGGAGUCAACAGACUUCUAGCCAGUUUCCCCCUUCUCAGCAAGAAAACCGGUCCGUACUCUGGGCAUGGGGCUUCGGCGGGUGCUACUGGAAAUACCAGGGAUUCGGAAAUGCUCCGCUCGGGCCAAAGACACUGACAGAACAAGUGACCGACAGUAUAGCGAGGGUUGUGGACAAGAUCUCGGGGAAGCCGGCCGACAAGGGUGGCACUGACCUGCUGACUGAAGGCCUGCCCAAGUUUAGACCCGUGACGGUUCAGUCCUCGGCUUCUGUCGCUGGAAGAACUGCCAGUCUUUCACAGCAGCCAGGGACAAUUGCAGCAAAAUCCCAGAAAGCAGCCCGCAAGAAGGGCCGUGCCGGAGGCGGCUGGGAUGAUGACAAUGAUGAGGAGGUCGACGAUGGCAAUGCGUCGGGGACGGUGAGCGAUUCGGCAAGCAUCGGCGAUUCCAACCGGACUGGUGACAUUACUAGUGUACCUGCUGCUCAGUUGUAUGAGAAAGAGGUGCAGUCAGUGGAUGCCUUUGUUGAUCCAAGCCUCGAGUUCCCGCCUUCACGACAGGAACUGGAUGAAGCCCGCGAGAGGUGCACUGUGCUCAACGUGGACAAGGUUGUGCAGCUCGUGGCUGCAAAAAUCUUCGCACCGCAGCAGAGCACACAGAUGAGGGCUCUGGUGUUGAUCGAAGCUUUGCUGAGAAAGGGCCAUGUCAAUCUGGCAAGCCAGGGGGCACCACUCCUGGCACAGCUUCAAGACUUGCAGCCGAAGUCAUCCGACCCUGUUCAAGUCAAGGCCAGGAAGAUUUCCCUUAUCAUCCAGAAGCUAAUGGAAGAGCCGGAGAGUUGACUACCGAGCAUGCAAACUACCGGGUGGUCGCCUCAUGCUGGCGUGUCGAAGUGAACAUGCUAAUGAAUGAACACAGAAACAUUGAUAAUACAGUCACAGUUUUGGUGUGGCAUGUCCCUUUUCUGUGAAAAAACUUGGCUCCUUCUACCAAGGACACACACAAGGGUUUCUGCGGUGUGUUUUUGAAUAUAACCAACAAUCCCCGUUGAAGAUGACAACCAACAGGUGACAAUAAAGAGGAGAAGGAACCUUUGAGAUCAGGAGCAGUAUAAUAAAAAACAGAACGGUUGGUCUAUGGCUCUUGUCUGCUACUGCUCAGUGGCCACACAAUUACGUGAUUUUAUAAGUAUGGCUUUCACCUGUUUAUGUGAACAAGUUGUUAUCUUGCAUGAAGAAAACUAUUCAUCUUAGUUAUAGAUGCAUGCCGUGAUGUACCUAUAAUAUCAAAUUUGUUUUUAUUCUUCAUCGACCAUUGUAACAAAAGACGGUAUUGUAAGGAAAUUAUUCAAGGAGCUGUUUUCUGUAUUAGACACAACUAAUGAAGCCUACGAACAGUUAAGGGGACACUAAAGGCAAAUAAUAAGUCAA